AUCAAUCGACGAUGCCCGCUCGCUGUGCCACACAAAAACCAAACACACUUGGCAGACGGAGCCCACUUGUUGCGCACUCCACCUCAAGUAAAACCUUCGCUCGUCCCGCGGAAGCAAUGGCAACAUCCGUGAAGCUCAUCACCGGUGCAGUCAUGCCCAUCAUCGGGCUGGGGACGUGGAGAUCUGCACCUGGAAAGGUGAGCGAGGCGGUGAAAGCAGCGAUAUCAGCGGGGUACCGCCACAUCGACGGAGCUUUCAUCUACCAGAACGAGGUGGAGGUGGGCGAGGGAAUCCAGGCCAUGAUCAAGGACGGGGUGGUGAAGCGAGAGGACCUUUUCGUUGUUAGUAAGCUGUGGUGCACUUUCCAUGAAAAGUCCAUGGUUCGGCAAGCUUGUGAGAAGACCCUGAGCGAUCUCAAACUGGCCUACCUCGACCUCUAUCUUGUGCACUGGCCGAUGGGAUUCAAGGCUGGCGACGAUCCAUUUCCUUUGGACAGCAAGGACGAAACUAUUCCUGAUGAUUCUGACUACCUGCAGACAUGGGAGGGGCUGGAGGAGCUAGUUGAUGCCGGUCUGGUCAAAGCCAUUGGCGUCUCCAAUUUCAACCGGGAUCAGAUUGAGAGACUCCUCAACAAGCCGGGCCUCAAGUACAAGCCUGCCAAUAACCAGGUGGAGUGCCACCCAUUCUUGUGUCAGGAGAAGUUGAUCGACUACUGCCAAUCUCAGGGCAUCGCCGUGACAGCCUACAGUCCCCUCGGCUCCCCCGACAGACCCUGGGCCAAACCAGGUGAGCCUUCACUUUUGGAGGAUCCCGAGAUCAAGGCCAUCGCCAAGAAGCACAACAAAACUUCUGCACAGGUCCUGAUCCGCUUCCACAUCCAGAGGAACGUGAUUGUGAUUCCCAAAUCGGUCACACCUCACCGCAUCCAGGAGAACUUCAAGGUGUUUGACUUCCAACUCAGCGCAGAGGAUAUGAAGACCAUUUUGGGAUUCAAUCGGAAUUGGAGAGUGUGUGGGAUGAACUGGAGCGUGAACCACAAGGACUACCCGUUCCACGCCGAGUUCUGAUGUGGAGGAAUUGGCAGGCGCGGGUGCUGAGUGUGGCUCCAAGACGGUCCACUUUGAUUUCUGUUGAGCACUGCUGGGUACGCUUGCUGCCCUCACAAAUAUUUACUCCUCUAUUCAUCGUGAACGUUGGCGAGGGCAACCGAGUUUGAAACGUGUCCAUCUGCACCAUUCUACAUGUUCCUCCUUACAUGUGCCGUGCAUAGCACUUCCUCUUAUUUUCAAGUCAUAUGUGGCACUUGUGACUGCCGGCGGCGCUGAGUCACGCGUGCUCCUUGCGGUGGCGUUGCUUCAUUUCUUUUCACUUUUCUCGUGCGCGCCAAAGCCGCAUUCGUAUGACCGCCCAUAUGUUACAAUAAAAUUGUUACAGCGGUAUCGAUUGGCUUUUGUCUUAUGUGCUUGAACUCUUUCAAUGGCGGCCAUUUAAA